GUUUUUCCGAGGAACAUUUGUUUCCCUAACUUAACAUGGCUGCGCCCGGUAGCCCCUGAGGUGCCGGUGAGCAAAAGGAGGUGACUCUGUCCGAGAUCGUCUAGCGAUGGCGCUUCAGUCGCAGUUCUGCAAGUUGUUGUCGAUUUGCAGGAACCCCGAGUAUAGGUUGGCAGCCCUCUCAACCAGUUCUAAGCCGACAAUGAAACCUGAAGUGGACCUUCAGGACAAUGAAGCUGUCGCCCCAGAGUUCACCAACCGGAACCCCCGGAAUCUGGAGCUCUUAGCUGUAGCCAGGAAGGAGCGGGGUUGGAGAACAGUGUGGCCCUCCCGUGAGUUCUGGCACAGGUUGCGAGUUAUAAGGACUCAGCAUCAUAUAGAAGCAUUUGUUGAGCAUCAGAGUGGCCAGGUUGCGGUUUCGGCGUCCACUCGUGAAUGGGCUAUUAAGAAGCACCUUUACAGUACCAGAAAUGUGGUGGCUUGUGAGAGUGUAGGACGAGUGCUGGCACAGAGAUGCUUAGAGGCAGGAAUCAACUUCAUGGUCUAUCAGCCGACCCCUUGGGAAGCAGCCUCAGACUCGAUAAGACGACUAAAGAGUGCCAUGACAAAAGGUGGUGUGGCUCUACAGGAACCUCGGAGAAUCUAUGAAUAAAUUAGAAGCAUUGUUUGGAAUGUGAUGAAACUUAAUCAGCUGUGACAGCCACCAAAAGAGCAUCCAGAAGACAACCAACUUGGCAGUUUAUAGCAAUAACAUCACAGUGGGACAAUAUUUAUAGUUAAAAUCAUAACCUCUUCCCCUUGUAUGUAUUUUUUUUUUAAAUCAAGGAUUAAAUUCUUCCCCUCUUUUGGACAUGAGAGAAGCAUCUAUGAAAAGCAGUUCCAAAUUAUAAUAAGUUGCAAAAUAAAGGCUUAUUAUGAAC